AUGGAUGGUGAUUGGGAGGAAGUCAACAGACUUCCUCUGCCUCCUCCUGGGGCACACGCUGUGCCAACUCCAGUAGCAACAUUUGCUUUCGAUACCAACCAGGAACUCCUCUGGAUCGGGAACGAAUAUGGACGCGUUUCAAGCUUCUACGGGACUGAACUUCAGCGAUACACGUCUUUCAAAGCCGGAGAGGGACCUGUUCGCCAGAUACUCUUCCAUGAUAAAGGCGUUAUUGCCCUCGGGUCUAAGAGUAUACAUAUGGCGAUGCGACGGGGGCCCCCAAUAUGGCACAUCACUCACGAUGAAAUGAAAGACCUUCGUUGCAUGAGUUACACAUCUAGAGGAACCUCUGAAAUACUUGUUGCCGGGAUGCAAGACCAGAUGUUUACGAUUGAUGUAGACAAGGGAACGGUCACAAAACAGAUACCUACCAAGGAACACUACACGAUAAUGAAAAGAAGCAGACAUAUCUGUGCUGCAACCAAGAAUGGCGCCGUCAAUAUCUUGGACUCUAUUACCUUCAACGUUAUAAAAACCUGGAAUGCCCACUCUUCGUUGAUCAAUGACAUGGAUGCACAACAUGACUUCAUUGUCACCUGCGGCUACUCCCUCCGCCAAGGGCAAUCAUAUAUGCUCGAUCCUCUUGUCAAUGUAUUCGACUUGAAGAAUAUGAUAUCGUUGCCUCCGAUACCCUUCCCCGCUGGCGCAGCAUAUGUACGCAUGCACCCGCGAAUGUCAACUACCAGCAUCGUCAUAUCUCAGCUCGGUCAGAUGCAUAUUGUUGAUCUGAUGAACGUAAAUACUAGCAACGUUAGACAAGCGAACGUUUUGAGUUAUCUGAACAUGUUCGAAAUUGCACCAUCGGGAGAGGCACUCGCACUAGCUGAUGCUGAGUGCAACGUCCAUCUUUGGGGAUCUCCCUCUCGGAUACGCUUUGCAGAGUUGAGUAACCCAGUUGAAUUUGCUGACCCCGACGACGACCCCACAACGAUGGAUUGGAGUGUGGACACCCCUCUGAGUAGUGUUGGAAUGCCAUACUACCGUGAGCAACUCCUCUCCGCGUGGCCAAGCCAUAUGAUAUUUGAAGUGGGAGCUCCACCACCGAAGAUCGACCCACAGUUUCUGUCAACUCUGAAAGCUACUGAAUGGGGUGGGUAUGGCAGAAAUACGAGAAACAUGAAGAGAAAUCAGGUCGAGAAUACAAGAACGGCGGAGAAGGCAUCUACGAGUAUCCAGGCACCGAAAUUUCUGAGUGAGAAAGCGAGGGAGGCCGCCAACGAUGCUUCCAUGGAAAAGAGAAUCAACGACGUUGUUGAUGCUAUUGGAGCCACCGAGCUUUCAAGCUUGAAGGCAGAGGUUCCCGUGAUGUAUCGGAACGUCGAGAUAAAAUACAGCAAGUUUGGAGUGGACGAUUUCGACUUCGGCUUUUAUAACCAAACGUCCUAUUCUGGAUUGGAGAUUCAUAUAACAAAUUCCUACGCCAAUCCGCUAUUACAAGUAAUGCACUUCACUCCUCUGAUCCGAAAUCUGGCAUUGCAGCAUACUGCUACCGGAUGUAUAAAUGACAUGUGUCUGUUAUGCGAGAUGGGAUUUCUCUUUGAUAUGCUUGACAAGGCCGAAGGAUCUAUUUGCCAGGCUACGAAUUUACUGAAAACAUUCAGCAACCACCCGCAAGCUGGGCCACUCGGCUUGCUUGAGGAAGACGCGCCGGGCUCAUCACUUACAAACAUGCUUCAGGGCCUGACCCGCUUCUUGCUAGAUAGAAUUGCUCAAGAUUAUAGGAGCGUCCCACCUCAUUCAGCUGCUUUUGACCAGGUUUUGGCCACUUCUGCCACUACGGCUAUUCGAUGCAUGAAUUGUCGAAGUGAACAUACCCGACCUGGAACGACAUUUGUCCAUGAUCUUCUUUACCCCGUGCCGAAAUUAAUGGUACGGAAUCCUCGCGCCCCUAAACAAUCGUUCUCCCAAAUUCUCAAGUCGAGCGUCGAACGUGAGACCACAAGUCGAGGUUGGUGCAGCAGAUGCCAGCGAUAUCAAUCUCUCGCAACUAGAAAGACCAUCCACAGCGCCCCAGCCGUUCUUAUGCUCAAUGCAGCUAUCAAUAGCCCAGAGGCUAAGCAGUUCUGGUCCAUUCCUGGCUGGCUGCCAGAAGAAAUUGGUGUGAUCAUUGACCAAGGGCAGUUCUACUGCUACCAGGGAGAUGACUUGAAGCUUCAUCUACAGAGGGGCAUUCACAAUAUAACCGUUUACUCCCUGAUUGGAGUUGCAGCGAACAUUGAAAGUGGACAAAAUCAGAAGUCUCACCUGGUAUCCCUAGUUAAUGUUGCGCAGUCCCGGCCAACGGCACCGGCAGAAAGCCAAUGGCAUCUAUUCAAUGACUUUUUAGUCCGGCCAGUCAAGCCUGAAGAAGCUCUGACAUUCAAUACUUCUUGGAAGUUACCUUCUGUGAUCGCAUAUCAAGUUAAGGUUGCGAACAACCGAAUUGAUAAUUCAUGGAAGCAGAAUCUGGAUACUUCCCUGCUCUACAUGGAUCAUAACACCAAUGUGGGAGAGAAAACAUAUCGUCCUCUGAGACCAGAAGAAGCCCCGGGAGAAGGAACAAUUAUUGCUCUAGAUACCGAAUUCGUUGCCGUUCGCCAGCCUGAGAUUGAAAUGAAUUCAGACGGAGAACGUGAGACUAUCAGACCAAUAGUCUAUGCACUCGCCCGUGUUUCCGUGGUCAGAGGGUCCGGUGAAGACGAAGGCCUCCCCUUCAUCGAUGAUUACAUCGCAAGCAAGGAGCCUGUCGUCGACUACCUCACUUCAUACUCCGGAAUUGUCCAAGGAGAUCUCGAUCCCCGAUACUCCAAACACAAUCUGGUUUCACUCAAAGUCGCAUACAAGAAGCUGUGGAUCCUCCUAAAUCUCGGCUGUAAAUUCCUCGGCCAUGGCCUCAAACAAGACUUCCGUGUAACAAAUAUCCACGUCCCCAAAGCGCAAGUCAUCGACACGAUCGAUUUCUUUUUCGUCAAAGCCCGGCUCCGUAAGCUGUCUCUCGCAUUCUUGGCCUGGUACCUCCUCAAGGAAGACAUCCAGCUCGAAACCCACGACAGUAUCGAGGAUGCACGCACGGCGUUAAAGCUAUACAAGAAGUAUCUCGAGUUCCAGGACGCGGGCAUCUUGGAGACGAUCCUGCACGAUAUCUACAGGACGGGUCGGGAGAUGAACUACAAACCCCCGGCGGCGAAGAAGGAUGGUUAUCUGAUCCAGCGGACCGAGACACCCACCAUACCAGGCGAUUCCCCGGCCCCGGUCCCGGCCGACGCGUCGGUCUCGGGACCUACGACGCCUGUGAGAAGACCUGUCGGAUUGUCGCCGGGCAUGGGAGGAUCGCUUGGCUGGACGCCGGGGAAAGGCUCGCCGUUUAGGUGA